AAUUUGGGCAAAAAGUAUAGAUCUCAGCAGAGAGAUAUUCAUCGUUGUUGGUACGCUAUUCGUAUGCUAAACAGCGUGGUUUGAAUGUCAUCUUAAAACCUAUGCUAGAUGAUCUUAAAAAACUUGCUACUGAUGGUUUUACAGUAUCCACUGAUGAAACUAAGCACACAGUUUGUGCAGCUCUUGCAACUUUAUCUGGUCACAACUUAUUAGCUCACAUGGUGGAUUUACCAUGUAAUUUAACUCUGGUAGAAUUUGUCGCUAUUGCAGGGCUACUUAUGGAGAUAUAAAACAUUUGUUCAAGGAAGACAGCUUUGUUUUAAGAACAUAUGUGUCAUCUUGCCCGCAUCCAACAAAUUCCUGAUGAUAAAGCGACUUGUGGUGUAUACAGUCCUUUGCCUUUUGAGGAAUUGCAUUAUUUUGAUGCAACAAAAGCUUUACCAGACAUAAUGCACGAUUUAUUAGAGGGUGUAAUUCCACCAGUUAUGAAACUAGUUAUCAGCAAAGCUCAUACAGAGAAACACAUAACAAUAAAAGAGAUACAUGAAGAACUGCAAAAAAUAUACACUGGUCAAAAUGACAAGGCAAACAAACCAGUACAGUUAUCAGAAAGACUGCAGAAUGUUGGUGUUACUGGAUCUGCUUCUCAGAAGUGGUGCCUUUUCAGGCUGUGGCCUUUUCUAAUGGCGCACUGUGUGCCACCUAAUUGUAAAUUUAAGCAUGUUUUUCUGUUAUGUCGAGAGAUUACUGAGAUUGUGAUAGCUUCGAAGCUGAGAAGAGUCUUUUGUUGUUAAAUGUACUUCCUGACAGAAAUGAAGGAUGUAUUUGGGGAUGUUAUUACACCUAAGUGUGAUUACUUAAUCCAUUAUGCAAGACUGAUAAAAAUGUAUGGGCCUCUGCGUUUGUUAUGUGCAUAAGAUUUGAGAGCAAGCACCAAUAUUUUAAAAUGGUUGCCCAUAACUGCCGAAAUUUUGUGAACAUAGCUAAAACUCUGAGCAAAAGACACCAGUUCAGACAGUGCUGGGAGUUUUCUUCAGGGUAUGCUGGGUGAAUUUGAAAAGGUGCCUGGAAAAAGUGUGAGCACUCCAUUUAUUUCUACCUGUGGAACUGCAGAGAGCCCUGACAGGCAAUCAAAACCUCUGUAAUGUAGAUUUUACAGACAAAGCUAUCCAACGUGUGUCAAGUAUGCCGUCAUAGAUGUAUUUGUCAUGGAUGUAAUGCAUUCAGAGAUAAUUCCACUAUUUUGGCAACUCAAGUACAUUUUUAAUGUAGACACCAUGUGCAUCCUUUGUGGUAAAAUGUUGGUUCUUUUGUCAUGGCUGUUACUUUCAUGCAAGCAGUGUCAAGGUUGAUGGAGAAUGGAUUUUACAUAAAAAAAACUUUGUCCUUCACCCUCCGCGGGUGGUCUCAUCCUUCGAGCUCGGGUCCUCUACCAGAGACAUAUAUAUAUGUAAAUACAAAUAUAUAAAUAAUAUACAGGGUACUACUGUACCCUGUAAAAGCCAAUUUUGUAACUUUUUUUUUAAAGGUGAAUUUUUUUUUUGUUGCAUAUGCAUUUUACAUUUGUGACAAAAUUGUCACCGGAGGUACAAGACUGGUCUCUAUAUUUAAGAUACAAACCACAAGGGUACAAAUAAGUACCCACUGUCAAUGGUACAACUGCUGUACCUUUGAGGGUACUGCCUUAGUGACAAGCCACCAUGCAGCAUUACUAAAGAUUAGUAAAGUAUAUAGUGCUCCACUGUGGAGAAUUUAUUACAGUUUUUUUCAGAUGAGGCUUGUUUUCUGACUAUAUCUGAUAUCUGAUUGUUGAAAGACAUCUGUAAAAUAAUGACCAAUAUAGGUUGGACUAGAGUAUUUAGUGAGACUUUCAUAGAUGGACAAAUGUGGUCCAGAGGUACGAAAGAGAGAGCUCAAAGAGAAUAAUUAGUCGGCAAAAUGUGCUUUGUUAAGCAUCAGCUGAACUUAAAAUGUAGGAACAAGAAUGUACAAAUACAAUAUUUGUCUCUGCAAUCAAAAUGUUCAAAGACAACAUUUGUGUCGUAUGGUUGGAAAAAGGAGUGCAGGAGACAAAUAAAUAUAUUACAGAAAAUGAUGCAGAUAAUGCAAAUAAAUAUUAUCACUUGAUUUUUCUCACCUCACACAAUCCUGCAAGACAUUAAUCUGUGGAAAAUUUGAAACUGCUUUUUUGUCCCACAUUUGCAAUCAUAUCACAGUUUUUAGUGUUCUGUUGUGGAUAAAAUGGGGUCACCUUUCUCAAACUAACACCCUCUGUUGUGUCAGUUGUCAACCAGAGCAACACUCAGAAAAAACAUAAUACAUUAGGUUAGAUUUUUGGAAGCAUUCCAUCCCCCAGUCAAUGAGCUGGAAGGAUGGUUUUGACUGAGGUAUUUGGGUUAAGUUUGCAAAAUUUAGUCUCAGUCUGGUGCUUUAUCUAUAGCUCUCCAUCUUAUUGUGGACUUUUAGAACCCCAAUGAUGAUGGAUAGCUGAAUAUGAGGACAAUAUCUAACUCUAAUAUAUGUAAACAAAGUUGGUGUGUCAAGUAUUUUGUUGAAGAGCAACAACAUAUAAAUGUAAUGACCUAUGCAAGUGUAGAAGGCAUGGUGGGUUGAAAAAUGAGAAUAAUUCAAAACCUUUAUCCACAAAGACUUUUCUUUCUGGUUACAUAACACAUUUGAGAGUCAAAAUGUUUUUCAGUGGUGAGGAAUCAACACAAGCGUAAGCAUUGAGUUUGGAACAGACAGCAGUGUGCAUUAUUAAAUCUUUUGGUAUUUGUCUCAAUAACCGACUCAUAAAUAUAAAUAUAAUCAUCACUAAUGCAAAGGUUGAGUCAUAUUUUACUGGUUCGUUUAGCAGAAUGUGUGCAAGUACAAUUUUGACAGCAGCUAUUCUUUUUCAGUUUUGCAUUCAUCAACUGCCAAAAAUUGGAAAAUUUUGUAUUGCAUACUGUACAAAAAAAAUGGGAAUUUCAGCUUUGCUCUGUGAACUCCUGACAUUACAGUACAAGAAAUCUGAUUGGCUCUUUGCUGUUGAGAGUGUGCAAAAAAGGGAUGUGACAAAGGUGGUAAAAGCAGGCACAGAACAAGUUUAACACUUAUAUUCUGUACUAUAUCUGUGUGUCAGACGCACCGAGCGAUUCUCCUCUUUAAGCCAAACUACAGGGCAGAGCAUAUGGAGACUAACAUCAGAGAAACACUGCAGGCAGACUUUGAUACAUUUGAUAUUUCUGAGGAGCUGGGAUUUCUCCUUGAAGAGCCACUGACUAACCUUCCAGACUAUUAUCGGGUAUGGAUGGACCUGGCAAAUAAUGUCACACAUCUGAUAGAGUCACAUAAACUACGGGAUCUGGUUCAUAAGAUGCCGGUCUUGAAUCCCCAUCUCUUGAGUAACCAUCGGGAGCUCAGGCUGGCUCACCUAGCGCUGGGAUUCAUCAGCAUGGGAUAUGUAUGGCAGGAAGGACAACAGGCACCUGCUCAGAUCCUCCCAAAAGCCCUGGCCUGGCCCUAUUGGCUGGUAUCUCGCAGGCUCGGCCUUCCACCCAUCCUGACUUAUGCAGAUUCAGUUUUAGCCAACUGGAAAUUAAGGGAUCCCGCAGGGGAUAUGGAAAGUGGGAACAUGGACUUGAUAUUUUCCUUUCCUGGUGGUGAGAGUUGCAGGGGAUUUUUCAUAGUGUCAUUGUUGGUUGAGAUGGCAGCCUGUUCAGGUAUAACGGGGGCUCUGGAGGUGAUGCAUGCUAUGAAAACCUCAGACCUAAUUGGCAUACAGAAAGGUCUCGUCAAAGUGACUCAGUCUUUGAAGAAAAUGAGGGAAACUUUCAAACUCAUGCACAAUCAUGUAGAUCCAACUGCGUUUCAUGGAACAUUGAGAAUUUUUGUUUCGGGGUGGCGAGACAACCCAAUGCUUCCAAGGGGGCUGUUGUAUGAAGGUGUGAGCAAUGAGCCAAUUUUAUUAUCAGGCGGAAGUGCAGCCCAGAGUUCAGCUAUUCAGUGCUUUGAUGCUUUGCUGUGCAUCCAGCAUGAGAAUGAGACAGGAGCCUUCCUGACACGCAUGAGGGAUUACAUGCCUCCUGCCCACCGUCAACUGAUAGAAACUCUGUCUGUCUGUCCCUCUCUGCGAGACUUCAUCUUGUCCCACUACAGCUCUGAUCUCUGCCAGGCCUACAACUCCUGUGUCUCAGCAUUGGUGGAUUUACGGAACUACCACCUCAGUAUUGUGACCAAGUACGUUGUUGUGCCCGGUAAUCACACCCGCACCAUGGGCUGCCCACUCAGAGGUGUGGGCACUGCGCUGAACACCACAGGAACCGGCGGAUCCAGCCUCAUGGUCUUCCUCAAGAGUGUUCGUAACACUACCCAAAAAGCACUGAUCUUAGAGUAGCCAUCUGUGUCAAGAGAAACUGAAAUGCACCUCACAGUAUAUAUAGUAUACAAAAAAACAAGUAUCAACAAAUAUCGUCACCAUUAUUCUAAUCAGACAAUUGUAUUUGUAGUUAUUAGAAUUCCAGUCUUAGUAAAUUCCCUGGGUCAGCUGUGCACCUUACUGUAUUGUUGUGCAAUGUUUAGGAUGCUCUUUGGUAACCACUAACCUUAGAAAAAUCCAAUAAGAAGAGUAGUUUAACAUCAACUUAAAAUCUUGUUUUUGCUGACCUCCAGCAGUUUAACUUCUCGUUUUGCCGCAGUGUGUAGAAAUGUACUCGAGGGUGUGGUCAGUAGACUGUGACAUCAUUGUUAGGUGUGGUCUUUUCUGCCUGGUAUUAAAUUAGAGGAAGUCUUGGGGAGAGACUUUUUUUUCUCAGUGUUUUUACUUGACAAUAACUAGUGUCAUACUUUGAAAGACCAUUUCUGCCAGGGGAAAAAUAGAUGAAAAGUUAUACAUGAGAAAAUAAAAAUACUCAUGGUAAGCCAAAAUGAUGAGUUACUAAAUUAAAAUUAUGACAAAGUCAAUUUUUGACUUACCAUUUCUUCGCAUAAAUGGGCUUCCAUACCAUAAAAUCCUUGAUGUCACUAAAUAAAUUGCACUUUACUUUGACAUAAUACAUUACAAUACAAUACUUUUAUAUAAUCACAUGAUAUAAUUGUAAAAACUCUUACACACCAUGGUACAGAGAAUGAAUAUGUUUGGUGUUGCAUUAUAUUUAUUCUGGCUUUAUAAUGUAUAAUUUGCAAAACCCAAAUGUAUCUGUACACCCUUGAAUCUUAAUAGUAUUUUUGAGAUAAAUGAUUUCAAUAAAUGUUUUAAAUUAUUUUAAUGAA